UUUCUUUCUUCUCUAGGCUGCCUCUCUGUUUCCCUGUACUGUCUAGAAUCCCCGUGAAUUCUACUCUCCUCAAAACAGUUUUUUCUUUAAUGCGCUGACUCUUCUCUGUGCCAGAGUUGCCCGAAGAGCAUGGAGUAACUGCUCAGCCAUCUUGGGUCUCGCCUUGUCUUUUGAGUCUUGAAGUUUUUUUCCCCAUUGGCCUCUACACACCUUCAAACAUUUGUAAUGCCCUUGCUGGAGGACGUUUCUGCCCCAUGGCAGAGCAGUGAACGCCGGCUGGGACUACAGGACCCCCCUUGCCAAAGUGAACUGAAGAUAAGCAGAGUUUACCCAAAGUUUGAAGGCUUUGUACUUCGGUAAACCAUGUGUGCAUUAUUCAUAGAAGCCUUGGGAUCUAAACUUUCAAUUGCACUUACACAAAGUUUGUCAACUGAUCUCCUUAUCCUCUUGGGGCUUGGUCUUUCUUUGGUUCUUCUUUCUCUAUGGAAGGGAAACAGCGUCAAAGGGAAGCUCCCACCUGGCCCCACCCCGCUCCCAAUUAUUGGAAAUAUUCUACAGUUAAAUACUAAGAAUAUUGUCAAGUCCUUAAGCAUCCUAGCAAAAAAGUAUGGCCCUGUGUUCACUGUAUAUUUGGGCAUGAGGCCCACUGUGGUGUUGUAUGGAUACAAAGCAGUGAAGGAAGCUCUGAUUGAUCGUGCAGAAGAGUUUGGUGGUAGAGGGAGUUUCCCAGUGAUGGAUAAAGCCAUCCAAGGAUUGGGAAUUGUUUUCAGCAGUGGGGAAAGAUGGAAGCAAACCUGACGUUUCUCCCUCAUAGUUUUGAGGAAUAUGGGGAUGGGGAAGAAAACUAUUGAAGACAAAAUUCAAGAGGAAGCUUUGUGUCUGGUGGAAGUAUUAAAAAAACAAAUGAACCAUUUUGACUACAGUGAUCAGAAACUUCAUGCAUUGAUCGAAAGUUUUCAUGAUAACCUCAGAAUUUUAAGUACUUCCUGGGUACAACUCUGCAAUGCUUUCCCUGCUUUACUUUAUCUCCCAGGAAGUCAUAACAAGCUCUUUAAAAACAUUGCUCACCAAAAAAAUAUUAUUUUGGGGAAAGUAAAAGAACAUAAAGAAGCUCUGGACCCCAGUAAUCCUCAGGACUUUAUCGACUAUUUUCUGAUUCAAAUGGAAAAGGAAAAACACAACAAACAGUCUGAAUUUACCAUGGACAACCUGAUCACCACUUGUUGGGAUGUGUUUAGUGCAGGAACAGAGACAACGAGUACCACGAUGACAUAUGGACUUUUGCUCUUGUUGAAGCAUCCUGAGAUCUCAGUUAAAAUCCAUGAAGAGAUCCCACGUGUGAUUGGCAGGCACCGCAGCCCCUCCAUGCAGGACAGGAGCAGCAUGCCCUACACGGAUGCUGUGGUACAUGAGAUCCAGAGAUAUAUUGACAUCCUCCCCAUCAACAUGCCCCAUGUGGUGACUAAGGACAUUCAGUUUAGAGACUUCUUUAUCCCAAAGGGCACAAAAAUCUUAACAUCUCUGAAUUCUGUCCUGCAUGAUGAGAAAGCAUUUCCCAAUCCAGAGCAGUUUGACCCCAGCCACUUUCUAGAUGCAAGUGGUAACUUUCAGAAGAGUGCCCCCUUCAUGGCAUUUCCAGCAGGGAAACCAGUUUGUCUUGGAGAGAGCCUGGCCCGUAUGGAGCUGUUUUUAGUCCUGACACACAUUCUACAGAAUUUUACCUUGAAAUCUCUGGUUGACCCACAGGACAUUGACACCUCACCAGCUGCAAUUGGGAUCGGCUCUGUACCCCCACUCUAUGAGCUUUGUUUCAUUCCGGUUUGAAGAAAGGGCAGGCAGCCAGACAGUUGAGUGGGAGUCAUAGCUGUCUCCCAAUGGGCAAGUGUCUCCUUGCCUGUGUUCCAUCCAUCCUGCACCCUUGUCUAAGCAGAAAUGCCACCCCUGAACCCUGCUUCUUCUAAUUGCCCCAUCCUUUAUGAUCUAGUUCAAAUUUUCCUUUGUCAAAAAUAAAUUUCACUGCUUUGUCUCCAAUAAAAUCACUAAGCAACAGGAUACUUAGGCCACAGACUAUAGUAUACUUGUAAUAUAUACUAAAUGGAAAGCACGUGAUAUGUAAUGCUUUAUUUUAGUAGAAACUGUUCCUACUUAAAAAAAUGUUCAGAAUAAAAUGUGAACAUGGCUCAUUUUA